CUUUCACCUUUGUAGAAAAAAACACACAAAUCUGUACUAUAUAUGUUAUAAUCUCAUCAUCAAAAAAAAAAAUCACCGCCAUUCUGUUGUUGUUGAUCGGAGAAAAAAGAAUUAUAAUUACUCCCAUUAUUGCCCAUUUAUUUUGAUAAUCCUUGGUUUGAAGAGAUUCAUUUUUUUCUUGAGGAGGGUUCCCCAUUGCUCUUCCCAAAUUGGUUUGACAAGGUUAAGAUAAAUCCAAUCUAUCAAGAGAUUAUAAAAUGGGAAAUAUGGGAAUCGAGAGUCAACCACAGAAUGGUGGACCAAGUGGGAAAACUCAAGAGGAGCAAGCCAUUGAUGACUGGCUUCCCAUCAGCUCAGCCAGGAAAGCCAAUUGGUGGUACUCGGCUUUUCACAAUGUCACCGCCAUGGUCGGUGCCGGCGUUCUUGGCCUCCCUUAUGCCAUGUCCGAACUUGGAUGGGGUCCUGGAGUGUCGGUGUUGGUAAUUUCAUGGAUCAUAACAUUGUACACCUUGUGGCAAAUGGUAGAGAUGCACGAGAUGUUCCCCGGAAAGCGGUUUGACCGGUACCACGAGCUUGGUCAGGCCGCUUUCGGGGACAAACUCGGGCUUUGGAUCGUCGUCCCGCAGCAAAUCAUAGUGGAAGUCAGCACUUGCAUCGUGUACAUGGUCACGGGAGGCCGAUCCCUCAAGAAAUUCCACGAUAUUGUUUGUCCGCCUCCGCAGUGCCAGAGCAUUAAGCUCACUUACUUCAUCCUCAUCUUUGCCUCCGUCCAUUUUGUCAUCUCCCAUCUCCCCAACUUCCAUUCCCUCUCCAUCAUCUCCUUAUCCGCUGCCGUUAUGUCUUUAAGUUAUUCAACAAUUGCUUGGGUGGCAUCACUAAAAAGGGGACAAAUUCCAAAUGUGAGCUAUGCACCAAGAGAACCAACCACAGCUGGAAACACCUUCAAUUUCUUCAACGCAUUGGGUGACGUGGCGUUCGCCUACGCGGGUCACAACGUGGUGCUUGAGAUCCAAGCAACCAUCCCUUCGACCCCCGAGAAACCAUCGAAGAAGCCAAUGUGGAAGGGAGUCAUGCUGGCUUACUUCGUGGUUGCGUUGUGCUACUUUCCUGUUGCACUCUGCGGCUACUACACGUUUGGUAGAGCCGUGGACGACAACAUCUUGAUCACCUUGGAGAAGCCACAAUGGGUCGUCGCCAUGGCUAACAUGUUCGUCGUGGUUCAUGUCAUUGGGAGCUAUCAAAUCUUCGCCAUGCCGGUUUUCGACAUGUUGGAAACUUUCUUGGUUAAGCAGUUGAAGUUUAAGCCAUCGACUCCUCUUCGUUUUUGCACUCGUACUCUAUACGUUGCUGUGACUAUGUUAAUUGGGAUGGCAAUUCCAUUCUUUGGAGGAUUGAUGGGAUUCUUUGGUGGCUUUGCUUUAGCUCCCACAUCGUAUUACCUCCCCUGCAUCAUCUGGCUCAUCCUCAAGAAACCAAGGACCUUCAGUUUAUCUUGGUUUACAAAUUGGAUAUGCAUUGUAUUAGGAGUGCUGCUGAUGACUCUAGCACCAAUUGGAGGUCUAAGGACUAUCAUAAUCUCAUCCAAAAAUUACAAGAUGUUCUCUUGAAUCCAUAAACCCAAACUUUUGUUUUCCAAAAAUGGUUCCAAGAAAAAGAGAUAAAAGAAAAAAAAAAAAAACAAAAAUUGAUGUUUGAAGAAUAAUACUAAUUAUUCAAAGUCGUCUCGAUCAAGUAGUACCCCCAAGUGAAUCAGUCAAGAUUGGUCGUUUUAGUUCGGAUUCGGGUUUAAUUGGGCACUGAUCAAUGCUGAAAUCUUCUGUUACGUGGACCGGAAAGCUUCAACUUUUCCUGGGAAGUUAAUCAGCGCUAGUCGUAGUAGUAUUAUAGUACACCUGUGUCCUAAUGUCUUAGUCUUAUAUGAUGUUGAUUUUCCUUUUUCUUUUUCCCCCCUUUUUUAAAAAAGAUUUGUAGACUUGUGUUAUGGGUCUGGUCAUGUACAUAAUAACAUUUACUUAAAGAGUGGAAUGGAUUUUAUUGAAUGGAAGAUGUAGAUUUUUGGA